CCGCUGGCCGAGUGGUGUCAUGGCGGCGGGCGUCGAGUUGGCAGGACGAGCCCUCAGGACUGGGGAGAGUCGCUGAAACCCAGGAACCCCCCCUCCCGCCCCGCAGCUCGCACGGCGAGGAGCCGAGGGAAUGAGACGGAGCCCCGCGAGGGUGUCUCCGUCACUGGCGGCGGCCCUCCGCUGAAGCCCCCGGCCGGCUUACUCCUGUUUUUCCAGGCAGAACCCGGCCGUUGCUAGGAGCUCGAAUUCGGCCCUGGAACCCGGAGCUGUGCCCGGGCUCGCCUGCCGCGGCCGGAGGGCCCGGGGCGUGACGUCCGACGACGCGGAGCGGGCCGGGCCGCCCCCCACUGCCGCAGCGGCGAUGGCGUCCUGGCUCGGGGGCCUGGGCUCGGGCCUGGGCCAGUCCUUGGGUCAGGUCGGGGGCAGCCUGGCCUCGCUCACGGGCCAGAUCUCCAACUUCACCAAGGACAUGCUGCUGGAGGGGACGGAGGAGGCGGAAGACUUACCUAAUUCUGGGAGAAGGGAAAUUGAAGCCAUUCAUGCAAUCUUAAGAUCAGAGAAUGAAAGACUUAAAAAACUUUGUACUGAUCUAGAAGAAAAGCAUGAAGCAUCAGAGCUUCAAAUAAAGCAACAAUCUACAAGUUACCGAAAUCAGCUACAACAGAAAGAGGUUGAAAUCAGCCACCUUAAAGCAAGACAGAUUGCACUACAGGAUCAGUUGCAGAAACUGCAGACGGCUGCUCAGUCAGUGCAUUCAGGAGCUGGCAGUGUAACAGCAACCACCACAUCAUCUUCAUUUGGCUAUGGGAUCAGUCAUCAUACUUCUGCAUUCCAUGAUGAUGACAUGGACUUCAAUGACAUAAUUUCAUCACAACAAGAAAUAAACAGAUUGUCAAAUGAAGUUUCAAGACUUGAAUCUGAAGUUGGCCAUUGGAAGCAUAUUGCUAAGGCUCAAGGAACACAUAGUUCCGAUCAAAGCGAAAUCUGCAGACUGCAAAAUAUUAUUAAGGAACUUAAACAGAGUCUAAGUCAGGAAAUUGAUGACCAUCAACAUGAAAUGUCAGUACUGCAGAAUGCUCAUCAACAGAAACUGACAGAGAUAAGUCGUCGGCAUCGAGGAGAGUUAAGUGAUUAUGAAGAACGAAUUGAAGAACUUGAAAAUCUAUUAUACCAAGGUGGCUCUGGAGUUACUUCAGCUGAUCACUCCAAAGUCUACAAAAUGCAAAAAUCUAUUCAAGUUCUACAAACUGAAAAAGUAGAAUCUACAAAAAAAAUUGAAGAGCUUGAGGAUAAAAUAAAAGACAUAACUAAAAAAUUAACUUCUGCAGAAAAUGACAGAGAUAUCUUGAAGCAAGAACAAGAACAGCUAAAUGUGGAAAAGAGACAAAUAAUUGAACAGUGUGAAAGCUUGAAGCUGGAAUGUAGUAGACUGCAGACUUCUGCUAUGAGGCAGAGUGACGCUGUGAUGGAGGCGAGCAUCCUUCCACUGAGUUCCUCAGUGGAAGAAGUGCGCAGACUACAACAAGCACUGUCUGAUGCUGAAAAUGAAAUAAUGAGACUAAAUAGUUUAACCCAGGAUAAGAACCUUGCUGAAGACUAUCUGAAACUUAAAAUGCAUGUCCAAGUUUUAGAAAAAGAGAAGUCAUUAUUGAGUCAAGAAAAGGAAGAGCUUCAGAAAACACUUUCAAAAUUGAACAGUGAAUAUGAAGUGAUUAAAAGUACAGCUUCAAGAGAUAUGAAUUUGGAUUCAGAAUUGUAUGAGUUAAGACUUAACUUGGAGGCAAAGCAACAAGAGCUGAAUCAGAGUAUUAAUGAAAAGGAAAUACUGAUGGCUGAAUUAGAAGAAUUGGACAAACAGAACCAAGAAGCUACAGAGCACGUGAUUUUGAUAAAAGAUCAGCUAUCAAAACAGCAAAGUGAAGGAGACAGUAUUAUCAGGAAACUGAAACAAGAUCUAGAUGAUGAAAAGAAGAGAAUUCAUCUACUUGAGGAUGAUAAAAUGAACAUUACGAAAGAGCUAGAUGAGCAGAAAGAAAAGUUAACCCACAGUGAACUGGUCCUAAAUGAUUUGCAUUUAACCAAGCAAAAGCUUGAAAAUCAAGUAGAAGAUUUAAUAGAUCAACUAAGUAAAUCACAGGAAAAUAAUAUAAGCGUUCAGAAGGAGAACCUUGAGCUUAAGGAACACAUUAGACAAAAUGAAGAGGAACUGUCCCGAGUCAGGAAUGAGUUAACUCUUAAUCAAGAUUCUAACAGUAAAUUUAAGGAUGACUUACUUGAAGAAAGGGAAGCCAAAAUUAGAAGCUUAAAGCAAAAUCUUACAGAAGUAGAACAGCUCAAUGAAAAUUUAAAGGAAGUUUCUUUUGAACUCAAAAUGGAAAAUGAAAAGUUGGUUUUAGCAUGUGAGAACAUCAGACAUCAGUUGGAAGAAUCUAUUGCUUAUAACAAGCAAAUUUCUUUGGAAAAAAGCACUAUUGCAGAGACUCUGCAAAGGGAAAAAGGACAGAUAGAAGCAGAAUUGUGUCAGGCCGAAAAGAGGCUGCUGGAAGAGUCAAGCAAGUAUAAGCAAACCAUUGAGGAACUGUCAAAUGCACGGAAUUUGGACACCUCUGCCUUACAGUUGGAACAUGAGCGUUUAAUUAAGCUCACUCAAGAGAAAAACUUUGAAAUAGCAAUACUCAAAAAGAAUAUUGAACAAUUGGAGACUGAUCAUAAAGAAACAAAGGAAAUUUUGUCUUCUAGUUUAGAAGACCAGAAACAAUUAGCACAACUUCUAAAUGAGAAAGAAAUUUUUAUUAAAAAAAUUAAAGAAAAAAAUUCAGAACUGCAAGAAGAAUUAGAUAAAUGUUCUCAAGCCUUAAGGAAGAAUGAAACUUUAAGGCAGGCCCUAGAGGAGAAGGACAGAAAUCUUGGAUCCAUGAAAGAAGAAAAUAAUCAUUUACAAGAAGAGCUGGAACGGCUCAGGGAACAGCAAAGUCGAGCCAUGCCUGUGGCUGAGCAAAGAGCCCUUGAUAGUACUACCGAGCUAGAAUCUGAAAUAUCACAACUAAAUAUAAUUAAGGAUCAUCUUGAAGAGGAAAUUAAGCAUCAUCAGAAGAUAAUUGAAGACCAAAACCAGAGUAAGAUGCAACUACUUCAGUCUUUGCAGGAGCAGAAGAAGGAAAUAGACGAGUUUAAAUACCAGCAUGAACAAAUGAACAUCACACAUAGUCAGCUCUGUUUAGAGAAAGAUGAGGAAAUUAAGAGUUUACAUAAAACAAUCGAACAAAUAAAAGCUCGGUUGCAUGAAGAAAGACAGGACAUUCAAACAGAGAAUUCUGAUAUUUUUCAAAAAACAAAAGUUCAAAGCCUUAAUAUAGAAAACGGAAGUGAAAAGCAUGAUUUAUCUAAAGCAGAAACUGAAAAAUUAGUAAAAGGACUAGAAGAAAGAGAGCUGCAGAUUAAACUUCUAAACGAAAAGAAUAUAUCUUUAACUAAACAGAUUGACCAGCUGUCCAAAGAUGAGGUUGGUAAGCUUACUCAGAUUAUCCAGCAGAAGGACUCAGAAAUACAAGCGCUUCACGCAAGAAUUUCUUCUGCUUCUUACACCCAGGAUUUUGUUCACCUUCAGCAGCAGGUGCAGGCCUACACUAUGGAAAGAGAACAGGUCUUUGCAGUUUUGAAUGAGAAGACGAGAGAGAAUAGCAAUUUAAAAACAGAAUAUCACAAAAUCAUGGAUAUAGUUGCUGCCAAAGAAGCAGCCCUCACUAAACUACAAGAUGAGAAUAAAAAGUUGUCUGCUCGAUUUGAAAAUAGUGGCCAAGAUAUGUUUAGAGAAACUGUUCAGAAUUUAUCACGAAUCAUUCGAGAAAAAGACAUUGAAAUAGAUGCACUAAGUCAGAAAUGUCAGACUUUGUUGGCAGUUUUACAAACUUCCACCCCUGGUAAUGAGGUUGGAAGUGUUAAUAGCAAUCAAUUUGAGGAGCUCCUACAAGAACGUGAUAAGUUAAAACAGCAAGUAAAGAAAAUGGAAGAGUGGAAACAACAGGUUAUGACCACUGUCCAAAACAUGCAACAUGAGUCAGCCCAGCUUCAGGAAGAACUUCACCAACUUCAGGCCCAAGUUUUGGUUGACAGUGAUAAUAAUUCUAAGCUACAAGUAGAUUACACUGGCCUGAUCCAAAGUUAUGAGCAGAAUGAAACGAAACUCAAAAAUUUUGGCCAGGAAUUAGCUCAUGUGCAGCAUAGCAUAGGGCAGCUUUAUAAUACCAAGGAUCUUCUUUUAGGGAAGCUUGAUAUUAUGUCACCCCAGCUCUCUUCUGGCUCCUCACUUACCUCUCAGUCAGCAGAGUCUCUUAGAGCAGGUAAGUCUGCAGGAUCAAGUGAGUCUUCUCAGUUGCUUCAACAAGAGAUUGAAGAGUUGAGAAAGUCACUGCAGGAAAAAGAUUCGAUGAUUAGAACUCUCCAAGAAAAUAAUCACAGGUUGUCUGAUUCCAUGGCUACCUCCUCAGAGCUGGAGAGAAAAGAACACAAACAAACUGAGUCAGAACUUAAGCAAUUGAAGGAGAAACAAGAUGUAUUACAAAACUUACUAAAGGAAAAAGACCUCUUAAUCAAAGUCAAAAGUGAUCAGUUACUUUCUUCAAAUGAAAAUUUUACUAACAAAGUCAAUGAAAAUGAACUUUUGAAACAGGCAGUAACAAACCUGAAAGAAAGAACAUUAAUUUUAGAAAUGGAUAUUUCUAAACUAAAGAGGGAAAAUGAAAAAAUAGUAGAAACAUCCAGGGGAAAGGAAACAGAGUAUCAAGCAUUACAAGAGACUAACAUGAAGUUUUCUAUGAUGCUUCGAGAAAAAGAGUUGGAGUGUAAUUCAAUGAAGGAGAAGGCUCUGGCUUUUGAGCAGUUACUGAAAGAAAAGGAGCAGGGCAAGACUGGAGAGUUAAAUCAGCUUUUAAAUACAGUUAAAUCAAUGCAGGAGAAGACAGUUACAUUUCAGCAGGAGAGAGACCAAGUCACAUUGGCCCUGAAGCAGAAGCAGAUGGAAAACAGCACCCUCCAGAAUGAGGUUCAACACUUGCGAGACAAAGAAUUACGAUUAAACCAGGAGCUACAGAGGUUACGUAAUCAUCUUUUAGAAUCAGAAGAUUCUUAUACCCGGGAAGCUUUGGCUGCAGAAGAUAGAGAGGUUAAACUGAGAAAGAAGGUCACAGCCUUGGAGGAAAAGCUAGUCUCAUCUUCUAAUGCAAUGGAAAACGCAAGUCAUCAGGCCAAUGUGCAGGUAGAAUCCUUGCAAGAACAGUUGAACAUGGUCUCUAAGCAAAGAGAUGAAACUGCGUUGCAGCUUUCUGUCUCUCGGGAACAAGUAAAGCAGUAUGCUACAUCAUUAGCCAAUCUGCAGAUGGUCCUAGAACACUUCCAACAAGAGGAAAAAGCUAUGUAUUCUGCUGAAUUAGAAAAGCAAAAACAGCUUAUAACAGAAUGGAAAAAAAAGGCAGAAAAUCUGGAAGGAAAAGUGUUAUCAUUGCAGGAACGUUUGGAUGAAGCAAAUGCUGCACUGGAUUCAGCAUCAAGACUUACAGAGCAGUUAGAUCUAAAGGAAGAGCAGCUUGAAGAACUUAAAAAACAAAAUGAGCUCCGACAAGAAAUGUUGGAUGAUGCACAAAAGAAAUUGAUGAAUUUAGUAAACAGUACUGAAGGAAAAGUGGACAAAACCCUCAUGAGAAACCUCUUCAUUGGUCAUUUCCACACACCAAAAACUAAGCGCCAUGAAGUGUUACGAUUGAUGGGAAGCAUACUAGGUGUUAAAAAAGAAGAGAUGGAACAGUUGUUUAAUGAAGAUCAAGGAGGUGUUACUAGGUGGAUGACAGGAUGGCUUGGAGGAGGAUCAAAAAGUGUUCCCAACACACCUUUGAGACCAAAUCAGCAAUCUGUGCUUAAUAGUUCUUUUUCAGAACUUUUCGUUAAAUUUCUAGAAACAGAGUCUCAUCCAUCUAUCCCACCACCAAAGCUUUCUGUUCAUGACAUGAAACCUCUGGAUUCUCCAGGAAGGAGGAAACUAGAUGCAAAUGUACCCCUAAGUUUUAAAGAUGGCGCAGCAUCCAGGGCUGGAAGAAGAGCAGAUGUGAGCCCUUUCCUGGCUCCCCGCUCUGCAGCUGUCCCUCUCAUUGACCCCGCUGGGCUUGGACCUGGUGGGCCCGGGCAUCCUCUUCUGAAACCCAUCUCGGACGUUCUGCCCACCUUUACACCUUUGCCAGUGUCGCCUGACAACAGCGCUGGUGUUGUGCUGAAAGACCUGUUAAAGCAAUAGGUAAUUGCCAAGCCCCAGACUACAGAGCACUUUAAGAAAACAUGAACACUAUGUAUAUGUAUUUUAUCACAAAGUGGCCUUUCGGAAGAAGUCAUGCAUUUGUUUGCAAUUGUAAUUUCUCUAAAUUUAAUAAAGAUAUUCUUAAUGCUUUUAGAAAUUGCAGAUAUCAGAGGAGCAAGUGCUUGCUAUAUGAUCUGCUUUUCUUCUUCUCUGAUUUGGCCUAAUUUAAUGUAGAAACCUUUGCAUUAAAAAAGUUAAUUUACAAAAAAAAAAAAAGAAGACAAAAAUACUAGUAGCUAUCUGUACCAACUUUAUUUCCUCAUCAGAUUCUCAAGCAUUUCUAAAGAUCAUCAAGGAAUUUGCACAAAACCAGAAGCAGUCAUCACUUCUCUGCCUAGGGAAGGAACUCUACUGAAGCAUGAAUUGAUCAUCUUCAAAGGACAGAGAAGCCAAGAGCAUGGCUGUUCUCAUGAGGUCAUAGGUGCCGUUAGGUGGAAUGUGUACUUGGCUCUAUGCAAUCUUGUCAUGUGUGUAGAUUCACAUGACUUCCACACAGUCAAGAUACAAUACAGUUCUUCCAUCUCUUGAGCUGCCUCCUUCUGUUUAGAACCAUGCCUCGCUGCCUCCUGCCCUCAUUCCCGACACCCCCCGCCCCUUAGCAGCUCUGUAACUUCUUGAUAUCAAGAACACUGUAUAAGUGGAAUCAUACAUUAUGUUCCCUCUUGAGGUAGAUGUGUUUUAUGCAGCACAAUUCCUUUGACAUCCGUCUUAAGUUACCACGUGGAUCAGAAGUUUAUUCCUUUUUUAUUUUGCUCUAUUCUGGGGCUUGAACAUGGGGCUUCACACCUGCAAGACAGGCACUCUACCACUGAGCCACACCCCAGUCCAAGUUCUUUUUCAUUGUCAAGUACAUGGUGUAGGUAUACUAUUUCCUUAGAAGAGCUGACGGCUCUUCUUCAAGGUGUCAUGUGGACAUUGUCUCCCACGUGUCACCCUGUGCUGCUGCCUCCACAUGCAAUGAGCAAUAGCACUUAGUCUACACAUCCAGGUGCAGAGAUCCGAGCUAUGGGUCCAUCACCAUGUCACCAUGGUCGGGGGAGGGUGGGAAAUCCCCGCUAAGCACCAGCACCAGCUGUUGGAACUUAAGAAUAACAGGAGUUUUUGUUUAAUUUUUUUAUAAGCCCAUCAUUAAAAAAAAUUGUGACUUGAGGCUUAGUUUUAUCAGGAUGUCCAUUUUCUAUCAGUUGUUAAAGUUGUACAUUUAAAAGACAUUUCUUGCAGAUUUUAUAAAUUUAGAUAUACCUUUAUGAUAGAAACAUUUUAUAGCAAGGAAAGGUGAAAAUGAGGAAAGUGUAAAUAGGUCUGAAUCUAGCCAAGCUAAAUCUGGUUGUAAAUUUUGCUAUGAUGGAUUGUAUAUUUCUAAUAUAUUUAGAAGCUUGAAAGUUUUGAUUCUCAGUUGAUGGUUAAAACUUUUUUUUCUGGAAAAUUAAGUAACAGAAAAUGCUGCUCCACCAUGUCACUGUCUCUUUUGGCUAACUUGUUUACAUUGCCAUUCUCUAGUACAAAGAAAUUCCCAUUGUCAGAGAAAUUCCUACGGCAGUACAUAUGCGCCUUAACUUCCUGUACAGGGCUGCACCCUAGUGACCCACUGUGAACCGAGAACAUCUACAUUCACCGAGAAGUGCAUUCACCUGUUGAGCACCCUGGCCUAGCCACACUGCUUGCCCUUUGCCCUCCACCACAUGGCUGCCUGCAGGCCAAGCCCACUGAGCUGCCCAGCCUCAAGAGGAGACGAACGUUCCAAAGCUUGAAUCCCACCUCUAAUGAAUGGCCAUCAGUUUUGCACCAUGAAUAAAUUGCAAAAUCAUAAGUCAGCUUACCAUUGUAACUUGGGAAAUCUGUAUUAACAUAGAUUUGUUAACAUGUUUCUAAAAGAUAUUUUCAUUGAUUAUCCUGAAUUAUGUGUUGGCUUGCUAUUGAAGCUUCCUUUCAUGGUGGAGCAACUGCAGUGCUAGCUUCUAAGCUAAACAAAAGAUGUGUGGUCCUUCAUUUUGAAAAAAUGGAACAUGUAACAAGUGUUUUAUUUUGAAGACGAGAUGCAUGGUGGGUAUUUAAGUAGUGUGUUAUCAUAUUUGAAAUGCCUUGUUGACAUUUUAAGUAUCCACUUCCCUGACCAAAACAACCUGUCGCUCCCUCCUGUAGCUUACCUGAGUGUGGAAGCUGCGCAGGACAGAUUGUCCCUCCAGACCCCACAGAGCAUCUUACUGCUAUUCAGUGUGUGUCCAGGCCUGGACCUGUAGCACCUAAUGUUUCGUUGUACUACUGAAACUAUAGCUCACUGCUAUGCAGACUAAGUGUUUGUUGAUCUAAACCAUGCAUAACUCAUUGACUUUUCUGAGACUUAAGUUGUGUCAUAGAUGAACCAUCUGCUCAGGGAGGCUUCUCAGAAACCAGACAGGGAGGAGGUGCAUGAUUUGAAUGUUAGCAAUAGGACACUGCUAACAGCACCUUACUGCAGUAUUUUAACGACAAUAAUUCUGUGUGUGGUUGAACCUUCCACAACAUUUCUAGUGGUUUUUCCAGUGUACUUAAAUAUACUACAGAAGAAAAUGUCACUCAGCCAUUUACAUUGACUUUAAUGUAGUACAGUAUCAGAUGGUUUGAUGAGUUUUCGUUGUUCAGCAUUCUUUUUUGGAGGAGAGCAGUCCUAGGGAAUGAAUUCAGCCUCAUGUUUGCCUGGCAAGCACUUGGCCUCCUGAACCACACCUCUAGACCUUUUGCUUUUACUUAUUUUUCAGAGCCUCCUGUCUGUCUAAGCCUCCUCCUGAGGUUACAGGUAUUACCGACCUGAAGGCUUGUUCUUUUGAGAUAGGGUCUGUGAGAUAAUUUUUUUUUUCCCUAACAGUUUAAAUCAUGAUUGUCUUAUCUCUACUUCUCGUGUAGCUGAAAUUAAAGGUGUGAACCACCCCACCCACUUCCUAAACCUUUUUUUUUUUAGGAGUUUGGGGGUACCAAAAUUAAGCAACAAGUCCACAAGGAGAAAGGGCCUUCUUAAAACUAGUUCAAGUAUUAAACCCCAUAUAAAGUUCUUAUUUUCUUUCACCCUUUCAAUGGUUAGUUUUGAGGGAAAGAAAGAGCUGAAAAUCCUUAUCCAAUCAGGAAGUCGGGGCAGAGCAGCCAGGCCACCUCUUCAGGGACAGGCUGCUGUGAUGACAAUUUAGAAUGUUACCAAGCUUCAAGGUGUUUGGAUUUGGUUUUUAAACCAAUGGUGUUUUUCAUGCAUCAAAAUAUUUAAGACAUCUUCCCUC